AUGGCUCGAAAAUGGUAUCCUGUACACAAGGUCAAAUACAACAUUGCCCUUCCUGACCCCGAUAUGCCUCCCGGCCGCCUUCACCACGCCAUCCUCGUCCAAACCAAGAAGAACGGGUCCGGUACCCUCUACCAUGUUAUCGGCGAUAUCACUUCGAGAGGCGGAAUGACUUACGAGAGCAAGAAGACGGAAAAUCCGGCGGGCUCGCGGUCUUUCCACCCAGGAAUUACUGGCUUGCUGCCCACUCCACCCCAACAGAAGGUCUCAAACCCCAAGAAGCAUGGCCGGGUCGAGCCCUUCAAGGAGAAAAUCGGCGAGUACCAAUACGUCUUCUACGAACCUGGGGAGGACCGCCAACCUCUUUGGAAGUGCACCGAGUGGGUUGAGUGGUAUGCCAUUCCGGCCCUGUGGGAGAACGGUCUCAUUCAGGACCAGAUCCCCUCCACUGAGGGUCAGUCAUCGUCAUCGGAAUGGGUUUGGGACGAAGGGGUGGGACUUUACAGAUACUGGGACGAGACGGCUAAUGUCUGGGUAUGGCAAGAGCGGGAGUGA